AUGUGGUGUGGUGGAGCUACGGUGGGUGUCAUUGCAUUUGGUGGAGGUGCUGGUUGUUUAGAAGGUGGAGAGAUUGUGGGUGAAUUAGCAACCGGUGGAGCGGUGGAAGGUGUCAUGGCAGGUGGUGGAGGGUUGGGUGAAUGCGCAAGUGGUGGAGGGACGGUGGCGGGUGUUGUAGGUACUGAUGGAGCUGCGAUGCCAAAUGGUGGAGCGACGGUGGGCGGCGUAGGAAUGGAUGGAGGGAUUAUAGGUGGAUUACCGGGAGUUGGAGAGGGAGUGGGUGGUUUAGGAAUGGACGGUGGGAUUGCAGGUGGGCUACCAGGAGGUGAAGCGGGAGUGGGUGGUUUAGGAAUCGACGGAGGGUAUGUAGGUGGAUUACCGGGACUUGGAGUCGGAGUGGGUGGUUUAGGAAUUGAUGGAGGGUGUGUAGGUGGAUUACCAUUCCCGGGAGUUGGAGCGGGGGUGGGUGGUUUAGGGAUGGAUGGAGGGUAUGUAGGUGGACUACCAGGUGGAUUAGGAAUAGACGGCGGGAUUGUAGGGGGAUUGCCAGGAGUUGGAGUGGGUGGUUUGGGAAUUGACGGAGGGUAUGUAGGUGGAUUACCGGGAGUUGGAGUGGGGGUGGGUGGUUUAGGGAUAGAUGGAGGGUACGCAGGUGGACUUCCGGGCGUUGGUGGUUUAGGAAUGGAUGGAGGGUGUGUCGGUGGAUUGCCUGGCGUUGGAGCUGGAGUGGGUGGUUUAGGAAUAGAUGGCGGGAUUGUAGGUGGACCACCAGGAGGUGGAUUGCUCGGAGUUGGUGGUUUAGGGAUAGACGGAGGGUGUGUAGGUGGAUUACCAGGAGCUGGUGGUGUAGGGAUGGACGGAGGGUAUGUAGGUGGAUUAGGAAUGGACGGAGGGUGUGUAGGUGGAUUACCGGGAGGUGGAGCGGCAGUGGGUGGUGUCGGGAUGGAUGGAGGGUAUGUAGGUGGAUUACCAGGAGUUGGAGCGGGAGUGGGUGGUUUAGGAAUGGACGGAGGGUAUGUGGGUGGUGUAGGGAUGGACGGUGGGAUUGACGGAGGGUAUGUAGGUGGAUUACCGUUCCCUGGAGUUGGAGCGGGGGUGGGUGGUUUAGGGAUGGACGGAGGAUAUGUAGGUGGACUACCGGGAGGUGGAGGAGGGUAUGUAGGUGGAUUAUGGGGAGGUGGAGUGAUGUUGUUGCAUGGUGGAGUUCCCGGGGUGGUAGGGGGAUUAGGAGAUGGUGGAGCAAUUAUCGGUGGUGUUGAAGGCGGUGGGGUGAUUGUGGGUGGUGUUGCAGGCGGCGGGGUGAUUGUGGGUGGUGUUGCAGGCGGUGGGGUGAUGGUGGGAGGUGCUGCAGGGGGCGGGGUGAUGGUGGGUGGUGUUGCAGGUGGUGGGGUUCUUGUGGGAGGUGUUGCYGGUGGUGGUGAUGGGGUGAUUCCRGGUGGUGUUGAAGGUGGAUUAGGACUUGACGGAGGUGUUGCCGGUGGUGGUGAUGGGGUGAUUCCGGGUGGUGCUGAAGGUGGAUUAGGACUUGACGGAGGUGUGGUACAUAAUGGCGUUAUCGGAGGUGCAGCGGGCUGCGGCGGUGAAGGCGGAGGAAAUGGAAUUAUAAAUGGAGUUGGUAAGUUAAUACGUGCAACCUGUAACCAAAUAAUAAUUGAUCAAUUAUGCUUAACAUGA